CGGGCUCGUCACUUCCACGCCGGUCUCCCGUCGUCUCGUCUGCUCCACUCCACUUCACUCCCCACCGCACUUUCCUCCCCCGUGUUCUCUCCCCUCGAGACCCCAAAAGCACCGAAAGGGGAAGACGGGGGGAGAAAAGGCGGCGGGUUCAAGAGCGCCGGGACCCUCCCGACCUCCAGAGCAAUCCCCUUUCAUUCCCACCUCUCCAGAGCGCCGAUUUGGGGGCGGAGGCGGCCAUGGGCUCCGGAUCUUUGCUCAAGGUCCUCGCCAAGAACUUCGACGUCCUCGCAGGGCCUUUGGUUGCACUGGCUUAUCCAUUGUAUGCUUCAGUUAAGGCAAUAGAAACCAAAGCUCCUGUGGAUGAUCAACAAUGGCUCACAUAUUGGGUGCUGUACUCAUUAAUAACACUGUUUGAACUCACAUUUGCAUCAAUUAUUCAGUGGCUUCCUUUCUGGCCUUCACUGAAAUUGAUCUUUAUUUGCUGGCUUGUUUUGCCAUACUUCAAUGGUGCAGCCUAUGUGUACCAAAAUUAUGUGAGGCCUGCCUUCAUAAAGAACCAGAUGGUCAACAUUUGGUAUGUCCCUCAAAAGAAGGGCCUUUUUGGGAAAUCUGAUGACUUCCUCACAGCACUUGAUAAGUUUGUUGAAGAAAAUGGAACUGAAGCUUUGAAGAAACUGGCAAACAAGGCUGGCAAGUCAUUUAAACAGUCUGGUAAAUCGUCGAAGGAUUCGAAAGAAUCAAAACCAGCAAAGGAUUCAAAAGAAUCAAAAUCAUCGAAGGAUUCAAAAGAACCCAAGGCAUCAAAAGAUGCAAAGCAACCCAAGCCAUCAAAAGAUCUGAAGGAGCAGAAGCCAUCAAAGGAUUUGAAGUCACCCAAGGAUACCAAAGAACAGAAGAAGGCAGCACCAAAAGAUCCAAAGAAAGCGUCCCUGAAGGAUUCUAAAGAACUGAAGAAAGCACUGAAAGAUUCAAAAGAACAGGAAGCUCUGAAAGAUCCAAAGGAAUAUACACCGAAGAAGCGAGUGACAUUUGCUGAGGUGGAGCCUGAGAAGGAGCUCAAGGCCUCCAACAGUGAGUGGCACCCAUCCUCUGACUUCCACAGCACGUACCCUGAGCAAAACUCUUGGACUAGCAGCUUCAUGAUCUUCGAGGAUGAAAACACUUACUGGAACCAGGGCCCUCUCGUUUGAUAUGCAUCAAGGCGGGCAUUUUUUUGGUUCGCUUGGAGUCACAAGGUCCACCGGUUCAUCUUCAGCCGAGGAAAUGGAGCUUAUUCUCGCCUUUGGCUACUUCCAUCUGCCGUUCGUGCUGACUUCCCGUCAUGUAACAUAUUUGUUCGACAUAUACCAGUAGAUGAGUAGUGUAGAACUCUGCAAUGUGGAUGGUGGUGGUGAACUGGAUGCUGCUGCGUUUGAGGUGGUGAACCUUAUUUAGUUAGGAGAAUUGAGAUGAUUGUGGUAGCAGUGUGUUCUAAUCUUAUCUCGUGUCUGAAUGUGUUGCUCGCUGCUAUUUGAUGCAUUUUCCUUUCCAGUA